CUUCAAACCACCAUCGUUCGUCUAGUCCUCAUCUUUCAGCCUACUCUCCCGCUCUUCAAGAUAUCUGUCGCUCACCAUGCCUACCUUCUACAAUCAACCUCAAGCUAUGAUAACAGACUCGCCUUUAAAACUGGAUUCUGAGAAACCAAUUUCGCCAUGCGAGAGGGGAGUGGGUCGUGAAUUUUGGAGUUGGGAUCCAUACAUGGUGAUGUUGACGAGAUCGAGUGAAGACCUUGAAGGAGAAAUGUCUGGAAAUUCUAAGAUCUCUGCUACCCCUCAAGUCGCUCUCAAUACCGAGGCAGACACUGAAUCAGAGCCCGUAGCAACACCAUCUACGCCUGAACUUCAAUAUGUUUCAGUCUUUCCCAAAACCUCGAGUUCAUCUCUUUCGUACAUGUCAUCCAUGGAAGAAACAUUUGGAGCGUCUUAUCUUGAAUCCUCCAACUCCAUUUACCACUCGACUUCUAGCUCUUUUGACGGUGAUGGACCGGUCACUCCCAACGGCGUCUCUUGCUUCGAUUCUGUUAUUGGCCUCGGCAUCUCUGGCCCUGGCUUGAUGUACCAAGGCGAAUCAGGUUACUUAGGGUCUGGAAUCGUACCCAUUCAUUCUUCAACGCCGCUUCCCAAUCGUCAUAUCGUCUCGACGCCUCCGCCAUCUCAGACAUUUAUCAAAGAAAUUUUCCACACUUUCAACCCCCAGCCACACGAUCUAGACACUUUCGAAGAUCAAACAUACGACUUCUCAUUUGAUCAGCCGGUUCUUCCUAGGCGGAAAGUCACUCUUACACGCAACUUAUCCGCUCCCACUAGAACUAGCACUCUCAAGCAGCUCUCCGCUUCUCGACCGAGAUCCAACACUCCUCCCAUCUGGCGAUGACGAUGGAUGGACUAGGGGUUGAUAGUACAAUCGUACUUUUGACUCGUUAUGCUCAUAGAUACCGAAAAUAAUAAUGAUUGUAUGUCCCAAAGCUCAGGAACUCACCGUUUUGUGUUUGGUACCCAGGG